CCCCGGCCCUUGCCUGCGCGCCCCGGAGGGUGGGCCAGAACCAUGAGCUCGUACUUGGAGUACGUCUCAUGUGGCGGCGGCGGUGGGGGCGGCGGCGACGUACUCAGCUUCGCGCCCAAGUUCUGCCGCGCCGACGCCCGGCCCGUGGCCCUGCAGCCUGCCUUCCCCCUGGGCAGCGGCGAGGGCGCCUUCGUUAGCUGCCUGCCCCUGACUGCCACCGGGGCCCGACCCGCACCUUCGCCCCCGGCCGCGCCAGCGCAACAGCCUGCGGCUCCCCCGCCCGCGCCCCCGUACGCGCCGUGCACCCUGGAGGGCGCCUACGAACCCGGCGCCGCACCUGCCGCGGCGGGGGGCGCGGACUACGGCUUCCCGGGGCCCGGAACCGCGUACGACUUCCCGUGCGCGCUCGGGCGGCCGGCAGACGACGGCGGGCCGCACGUCCACUACGCCACCUCGGCCGUCUUCUCGGGCGGCGGUUCCUUUCUUCUCAGCGGCCAGGUGGAUUACGCGGCCUUCAGCGAGCCGGGCCCCUUCCCACCGUGUCUCAAAGAGCCAGUCGAUAGCCACCCUGGGGCCUUCCAGACUGCGUCCCCAGCGCCCGGCACCUACCCUAAGUCUGCCUCUCCGGCCUCUGGUCUCCCCGCCGCCUUUAGCACGUUCGAGUGGAUGAAAGUGAAGAGGAACGCUCCUAAGAAAAGCAAGCUCGCCGAUUAUGGAGCCGCCAGCCCCUCCAGCGCGAUCCGCACAAGUUUCAGCACCAAACAACUGACAGAACUGGAGAAAGAGUUUCAUUUUAAUAAAUACUUAACUCGAGCCCGACGCAUCGAGAUAGCCAACUCCUUGCAGCUGAAUGACACCCAGGUCAAAAUCUGGUUCCAGAACCGCAGAAUGAAACAGAAAAAAAGGGAACGAGAAGGGCUUUUGGCCAUGGCCACCCCUGUGGCCUCCUUCCAACUUCCCCUCUCAGGAACGAGCCCCACUAAGUCAGGCAAGAACCCGGAGAGCCCUUCUCAGGCCCAAGAGCCUUCCUGA